AUGCCUUCCUACAAACUGACCUAUUUUGACGCUCGUGGUUUUGCUGAACCAGCUCGUAUGCUUUUCCAUUUGGCUGGUGUUUCAUUUGAAGAUGUUCGUGUGAGUCGUGAAGAUGGAUCAUGGGAGAAGGUUCAGGAUUCUACUCCAUUCGGAAAACUUCCGGUCCUCUCCGUCGACGGAUUUGAUAUCCCACAAUCUGCCGCCAUUAUCCGUUACCUGGCCAACAAAUUCGGAUACGCCGGAAAGUCUCCAGAAGAGAAAGCAUGGGCAGAUGCGAUUGUGGACCAAUUCAAAGACUUUGUCGGUGCCUUCAGCGAACUCAUCCUGGCUCAACGAUCUGGAAAGUCUGCUGAGGAAAUCGCGAGAAUCAGUACAGAAAUUACCACACCAGCCAAGGAAGCGUGGUUCAAGAUUCUAAAUGGGAUUCUGGACAAGAGCAAGUCUGGUUUUUUGGUUGGAGAUGGACUAACUUUUGCCGAUUUGGUUGCAGUGGAAAAUGUGACCACUCUGGAGAAGAAUGGAUUUUUGGUCGCUUCGGAGCAGCCAAAAUUGAUUGCUCUGAGAGAAAAGGUUUAUGGUAUUCCAGCCAUCAAGAAAUGGAUCGACACUCGUCCGGAUACUCCGUUCUAA